AGACUGUCUUCCUGGAAUUCUGCUCACUUCUCUCUCAGUCAAUCUACUAUCUCCGAGUGAAAACGAUUAUACAGCAAGGUUUCAAACUUUCAAUUCAAAACAUGAAAUAGGAGUUCGAAGAAGCACAAAUUACACGAAUAUUUGUUGGAAUUUUCUUCCAUUUUUCAUUUUUUUGGUGAAGCAUGAAACGGAGGAUUACAAUCUCCUACUGUUUGUUAGGAAUUUUACUCUGCUUGAUAUCCGUGGAAUCUGCGCCACAGGCGUAUCGCAGAGACCCGGGACAUCCCACCUGGCACCAUGGGGCAUUUCAUGAUGUCAAGGAUUCCGUUCGAUCUGAUGUUCGUCAAAUGCUCCACUCUCGAGCUGAGGUUCCGUUUCAAGUCCCUCUUGAAGUAAAUGUGGUCCUUAUUGGCUUCAAUGGUGAUGGUGGCUAUAGGUAUAGUGUAGAUUCUCAAAAGUUGGAGGAAUUUUUGAGAGUUGGCUUUCCAACUCACAGACCUUCAUGCUUAGAGACUGGUCAGCCUCUUGAUAUUGAGCAUCAUGUUGUCUUUAAUGCAUUCCCGGCGGGACAGCCAGAAUUGAUAGCAUUGGAGAAAACAAUUAAAGCUGCCAUGGUUCCAGCUGGCACUGCUAGAGAGGUAGACUUUGGAAGGGAAGUUCCUCUGUUUGAGGUGGAAGCAACCUCUGUUGAAGCAGAAUUUGAGAAGCUUUAUUCUUACCUAUUUGACGUAGAACAUGAGGGGUACCCUGUUGAAGAAAUGGACAGACCUAGGCCAACUGCUAUUUUUGUGAUUAAUUUUGACAAGGUACGGAUAGAUCCUAGAAACAAGGAGCUUGAUCUUGAUAGUUUAAUGUAUGGAAGAAUCACACCUCUAAAUGAUGAAGAUAUGAAGAAGCAAGAGGGGGAUUACAUAUAUCGAUACCGGUACAAUGGUGGAGGCGCAUCUCAGGUUUGGCUUGGAUCUGGCAGGUUUGUUGUGAUUGACCUCUCAGCUGGGCCUUGUACGUAUGGGAAGAUUGAAACUGAAGAAGGAAGUGUCAAUCCCAAAACACUACCUCGAUUGCAAAAUGUGUUGUUUCCUAGAUCAGGGGGUGGUGAGCAGUCUGCCCAUGAUACUUUUGUUGGCCAACUUGGUGCUGUCAUUGCAACUACAGUGGAGCAUGUUAUAGCCCCAGAUGUUAGGUAUGAAACGGUUGAUAUGACUACUAGGUUACUUGUACCUAUUAUUGUCCUUCAGAAUCAUAAUAGGUACAGUAUCAUGAUGAAAGGCCACAAUUACAGCAUAGAUAUUGAAGCAAUUGAAGCUGAGGUUAAGAAGAUGGUUCACCAAGGACAGGAUGUAGUAAUUAUUGGGGGUACACAUGCACUGCAUCGUCAUGAGAAGUUGGCCAUUGCAGUCUCAAAAGCAAUGAGGAGUCAUUCCCUUCAAGAGACCAAGAAGGAUGGACGUUUUCAUGUUCAUACAAAGACAUAUCUGGAUGGUGCCAUUCUUAAGGAGGAGAUGGAGCGAUCUGCUGAUGUGCUUGCAGCGGGUUUGCUUGAGAUGUCUGACCCAACCCUUUCAAGUAAAUUUUUCCUUCGCCAGACCUGGAUGGAUGACUCUGAUGGAACUGGUGAUUCUAUCUUAAAGCAUAAACCUCUUUGGGAAUCUUAUGGUUCAAAGCGUCGAAAGGAUAAGAGGAGGAAGUCAGAAAAGAAGAAACAAGGAGACUUCUACCGAACCUAUGGAACUAGGGUUGUUCCAGUCUUUGUUUUAUCACUGGCUGAUGUGGAUGAACACCUUAUGAUGGAAGAUGAUAGUCUUGUAUGGACAAGUAAUGAUGUCGUUAUUGUGCUUCAGCAUCAAAGUGAGAAAAUACCUCUUAGUUAUGUUUCUGAGUUGGAGAGAAGACAUGCUAUACCUUCACUAGCUCAGAGGCAUAUAUUGGCCGGGUUGGCAUCUGUUGUAGGUGGAUUGAGUGCACCAUAUGAGAAAGCUUCUCAUGUUCAUGAGAGACCUGUGGUGAAUUGGCUCUUGGCGGCUGGUUGUCAUCCAUUUGGACCAUUUUCAAACACUUCUCAAAUUAGUCAAAUGCUACGGGAUGUAGCAUUGAGGAACACAAUAUAUGCUCGCGUGGACUCAGCCCUUCACAGAAUUCGAGAUACAUCAGAGGCAGUUCAAGCUUUUGCUGCAGAACACCUGAAAACUCCACUAGGGGAACCAGUGAAGGGUAGAAAGAAUAAGUCAAGCACUGAGCUCUGGCUGGAGAAGUUUUACAAGAAGAAAACCAACUUGCCAGAACCAUUCCCACACGAGUUAGUUGAACGAUUAGAAAAAUAUUUGGAUAGCAUCGAAGAGCAGCUUGUAGACCUGUCUUCCUUACUAUAUGAUCAUCGUCUGCAAGAGGCACACUUAAACAGUUCAGACAUUCUUCAAAGCUCCAUUUUCACAAAGCAGUAUGUGGAUCAUGUUUUGACCAGCGAGAGGGAGAAGAUGAAAUGCUGCAGUAUUGAAUACAAAUUCCCCACACACUCUACCCAGAAUUACAUCUACGCAGGAAUUCUUUUAGCUGGUUUCUUUGUUUAUUUUGUUGUGAUCUUUUUUGCAUCUCCUGUGCGCUGAUAUCAUGAACUCCUUUCUCUGCUCUGUAGGUGCAUUGGUAUGUAAAAAUCUUUUAAGUUUUGACACAAGGGAGAAAAUUUUUAAACAUAAACAGAAACCAUCCUUUAAUCUUUAGUUAUUUGAAUUCUUGGAAAUCAUGGGACUUUCAUAGUUUCGGACCUGUGCUGCCCUGCCCAUUCAUAUUCCCGGCUCCAAGGUUGAAUAUUUAUGGGAAUGAACGGACUGUUGUGUUCAAAUUCAUAGGUCUGUCUGUGUUGCAAGAGUUUUUCAUGUAAGUUUGGGAGCUCGUCCCGCGUCCCUACAAAUUGAAUCAUGUUCAGCAAUUUGGGCAAUUGUCAGUACACUGAUGAUGUCGGCCGUCUAUUAUUCUGUUUGAUGUGGAAAGUAAUCACACGUGUUGGAAAUUGAGCUUCGGUCUAGUAAGGGAAUAUGAGACACGUACAUGUAUUGCGGCUUCCAGUAUAUAUACUACACAACGGGAAGUUCAUAUGCU